CAUGGCGGUGGAGAGUACAAUUUGGCUGUUCUGUCUUCUUUCGCUGUUUUGUGGUCCAUCCAAGCAAGAAAAGCCUUUUUCGGUGGAGCUGAGCUGCGGGGCGGGGCCCAGUCAUGUAGUGUUGGAGCCAGGUUCGCCCCUCCUGCUGGACUGCAACCUUGGGGCCACUGAAACACCUUUCAAUGUCACCUGGUUUCAGGAUGGCCAGCGCCUGCCUCUGGGGGGGGGGGGCUUCCUGCAGUAUUUGGCCAACGGAUCCCUCCUCCUGCUGCCGACCUCUAAGGAGGGCCAGUCCCCCCACCAGGGAGUGGAGGGGGGCUACAGCUGUGUGACUGCUAGCACCCUCGGAGCCCUGACCAGCCGGACUGUGAAUGUUCUCCUAGCAAGUCUGUCUAAGUUUCAUCAGCAGCCAUCGCCCCACACAGUGCCCGCUGGGGGGGCUGCUCGCUUCGAGUGCCAGAUUGAGGGAGUACCCACACCUGUUAUUACCUGGGAGAAAGACAAAGUGGCCGUCCCUGAGGAGACAAGGUUCAUUUCCCUUCUUAACGGGGUGCUUCAUAUACUGGAGGUGACCAAGGAGGAUGAGGGUGCCUACCGCUGUGUCGCGUCCAAUUCUGCCAGGAAGGACAUCAGUCAUGAAGCCAGGCUCACUGUCACCACAGGCUCUACUGAAGCUCUGAACGGAGUUGCGAUUGUUGCCCCGCCUCAGAAUGCAUCGGUGGUGCUGGGCCGCCCCGCUGUGAUGGAGUGUAUGGCACAAGGCCAGCCGAAGCCUCUGGUGUCCUGGAGCAGACAAGAUGGAAAGCCCAUUUCUACUGAUGUGGUUGUGCUCGCAACGAACCUGGUGAUUAGGGACACGAGGCGUCACCAUGCCGGCGUCUACGUCUGCCGGGCCAACAAGCCCAAGACCAGAGAAUUUGUCAUUGCUGCUGCUGAGCUGCAUGUGCCUGCCCCUCCAGUGAUCCUCCAGCCCCCAGAGACAGUGUCCCUCUCCAGGGGAAACACAGCCAGAUUUGUGUGCAACAGCUCAGGGGAACCUCCACCGGUGUUGCACUGGCUUAAGGACGGUCAUCCCAUUAAGUCUUUCAGACGGGUGAAGACCCAAAGCCCUGGGGUCCUGCUCAUCAACCAGCUGGCCCUGGAGGACGAGGGCUACUACCAGUGCAUAGCAGACAACGGGCUUGGCACAGCCUGCGCAACUGCCAAGUUGACGGUCAUUGUGAGGGAAGGUCUGCCAAGCCCACCGCGCCACCUCUCUGCUAUGCCCUACUCCAGCACAACGGCCCUGCUCACCUGGGAGAAACCCGAGUACAACGCAGACCAAAUCAUCGGCUACUCUGUGCACUGCCAACGCGCCGCAGGGUCAGAUAAUGUGGAGUACCAGUUUGCGAUGAACAACGACACCACAGAGUAUCACGUCCAAGAGCUUCUGCCCCACACUGCCUACACUUUCUUUGUGGUGGCUUACUCUCCCAUGGGGGCCAGUCGCCCCUCCCUGCCUGUUACAGUGGAGAUGCUGGAGGACGUGCCCAGUGCCCCUCCUCAGCUGUCUAUAGCCAGCACCUCCCCCACAGACAUCAGGCUGAUGUGGCAUCCACUGUCCUCGCAGUACAGUCGAGGAGCUGUGACCCGCUACCGCAUCGAGUACAGCACUGUGGAUCAGGUGGACUCAGUGUUCUCAAUGGAAGUGGGGGGGAAUGAGACUCAGUUCACUCUGAGAGAGCUGCAGCCCAAACAGGCCUACAGACUGAGGAUAGCAGCGGGGACGGUCGUUGGCUUUGGGCUCCCCUCUGAGUGGGCCCAGCACCAAACAUUAGCCCACUACAACCACAGCAACCAAAGCAUGGUGAUCUUUGCCCCCACUGAGCUGAAAGUCAAAGUCAGAGAGAACACACUGAAUGUGACAUGGCAUCCGUCGCCCAAUCACACUCUGAUCUCCGGUUACAAGCUGUCCUGUCGAGAGGUGGAGGCUGACGAGGCAGCCAACGGAGACAGGACGACACAGACUCACACCAUCAGGCUCCGUAAGAAAGCCCGGUAUCAUCUCCUCACUGGGCUGGUCCCUGACCGGCAGUAUGAGGUGAGAGUUUGGGCAUUCAACAAGCAGAUAGAUGGAGCGGCUGCUAUGUGGAAUGGAAGGACAGAGAAAGCCCCCGACAGAACAUCGUUGCCGCCCAUGCGCCCCCCUCCAUUGCCCCCAAGCAGCAUCCAAGCCAUGGCCAACAGCUCCACCUCCAUCUGGCUGCGCUGGGAGAAGCCGCGGUUCAGCAACGUGCGCAUCAUCAACUACACGGUGCGCUGCAGCCCGGCGGGAACCACCAACGCCUCCCUGGUCUCAUAUUACACGAGCUCUGCUCAAGAGAUACUGCUCGGGGCGCUGAGGCCCUUCACCCGUUAUGAGCUGGCGGUGCAGUCUAAUGGAGUGGACGUAGUAGGACCCUUCAGCGGCACAGUGGAGGAGUCCACCCUGUCUGACCGGCCCUCCACUCCUCCUGAGGAGCUGCAGCUGAGCGCUCUGGACUCGUCCUCGGUGCUGGCCAGCUGGCGCCCUCCGCUGGAGCCGAACGGUAUCAUCAUCAGCUACAGCAUCCUGUUCAGUGGCAACCUCAGCCAGCCGGAUCACUUAUGGGAAGACCUCUCUCAGGAGGGGAGCAUUACCAGUGUGGAGGUCCAGGGUUUGUCCAGUGGCACACUUUACUUUUUCAAACUGGGAGCAGCCACUGAAAUGGGGUCAGGGCCUUAUUCCCCUGUAAAGGAUGUCAACACCCCCCUUCAGAAAUAUGAGCUGGACAUCCAUGCAGUGACAGGCAUCAUAGUCGGUGUGUGUCUGGGACUGAUAUGCAUCCUCCUCUGCAUGUGUUUCAGCUUUCGUAAUGGCAAAUCCAGAGAGGUGUCUGGGGGCCUGGACUCCACAGCUGUGACCCUUCAGUACAGACGAGGAGGAUGCCCCCUUCCUACCAGCGUGCCAGAGUGCAGCGAUAGCCACGAGCUGGAGACCCUGAUGCCCUCAGGCAGCCAAGAGUCUGGUCAGGCGCUAGAAGAGGCCCCCGAGGAGCAGAGCCUGAUGGCAAGUGCUAAUCCAGGGGAGGGGGAGGAUAACCCUGCACCUGAACCCAAGACUGCGUGGAAUGGCUCUGUGAGUCAUGACUGGGCCAACAGGAUCACUAGAUACAGAGACACCAUAACAGAAGACUCUCCAUCGCUCAUAAAUGGAGCUCUCAGCAUGGUAAUUACUGAUAAUAGCACAGACUUAGAAGAUCGUCUGUGUUCAUCCAUGUGCAGUAACCAGGUGGAGGCAGAAGUCAUUGUUCAUUCAGAGCUCUCAGACCCAGAGGAGGAGGGCAGCAAAAGGGAGAGGGAUUCAAACACCACCAGAGGACCCUCAUUAUCAGAGGACAGAUAUUCCCCUGUGAGUCAGCCGAGCCCACUGGGAGAGGGGGACACACUCGAAAAACUAUCACUCGCCCAGAGCCCCUCGAGUCUUUCCUUGAUAAAGUUGGUGGCUAAUCACAAUGGGGAGCUACAAGGCAUGGGGGACCAGCCGAGCGCAGACAUAGAGCCACAGCAGGAAGUGAGGCUGACCAAUGGCUUCCACUCCCCAAAGACGGUGCGUUCUGUGCUGAGGUCAGAACACCUGGAGAACGGGGACUCAAGACACUGCCACCCGGCUCCAGGAAAGGUCAUCUCUACCGGGCUGUCCCCUGCCCCCUUUGUCAGCUCCGGCCUUGUCCACUCUACCUCAGUAGCACAUAGUUAUCUGUGCCCGUAGCAUCUGCAUGUAGGGCAUCGGCCCUUACACACACAUACAGACAGCAGACUGAUUUUCUUUCUUUUACGUACCCAGGAAGAAUCCCUAAGGAUUAUUUUUAUGCACCUCAUUAUUGGAUUCCUUUCUCUUCCGUGCAAAGAUUGUAUAGGUACU